AUGGGAGUAACGUUCAAGUCAUCAGUCAACAUCGGAUUGAAAGCAGGAAGUACCCUUUUCGGAAAAAGAUUUCGGAAAAAGAUCGAACUGAUCCUAUACGCUGCAACGAAGAAAGCGGGUGAAGAAAUCACUCAUACGUAUAAUCAUAUUUAUGGGUUGUCUUUGACAGGUUUGAGGUUCUUUACAGUUUAUGGACCAUGGGGUAGACCCAAUAUGACUUAUUUUUUCUUUAGUAAAGAUAUCUUGAAACGGAAAUCGAUUCCCAUUUUUGAGUCUAGUAAUCAUGGGACUGUUGCGCGUGAUUUUACCUUUAUUGAUGAUGUUGUAAAGGGUUGUUUAGGUGCUUUAGAUGCCACUGAAAAGAGUACACGAAGUGGUGGGAAGAAAAAAAGGGGUGGCUCAGUUUAG